UCGACGUUUCAACGAAUACCUUCGUUGUUCGCCGCGGCAUGUCGCGCGCACGUUCGAAUUUCACGGUGUUCUUUUACGUGAGAGUUUUGAGUUUCGUUUUAACGAUCGUGCAACGCAAUCCGCUCGCGUACAAUAUCAAUUUUCUCAACGCCGAGGUGUUUCGCGAUCCUUCGCGCGCAUCUUCGGACGAGCGUCGCAGUUACUUCGGAUUCUCGGUUGCGUUGUACGCGAACGCGAUGGAAUCCCUGGUGCUCGUCGGAGCGCCCCGGGCGAACUCCAGCGCGCUGCCGCAAGUGACGGAACCGGGAACGGUGUUCAAAUGCGCGCCGAACACAAACACGUGCGAGGAGUGGGUGGUCGAUAAAACCGGCAACGGUAUACAAUUUUACAACAAAUUUAGCGUUAAUCAACUAAAGAACAACGCCUGGAUCGGUGCGACCAUCGUAGCGGGGAAAGACGAGAAUGCGACCAGGGUCGUGGUUUGUGGUCCACGAUGGAUAAACAAGAAACAUUACUGGUUCAUGAAUGGAAUUUGUUACGCGACACUGGCGACCAAUUCCAACGCGUUCAAGAGAGAGGCGGUACAGCGAUUGUUACCUCUUGUAACGGCAAAUCAAAUCGCAAGAGCGAAGUACUCAAAUAUAUUUUCUUACGGAAUGGGUCAAGCUGGCUUCUCCUUGCACAUGAAUUCUCUGUCGGGUCGCGAUCACGUCGCAUUAGGCAGUCCGGGCGCGUACAACUGGAAAGGUGACGCGAUACAAUACACCGCAGUUUCGGCGCGCGAUAAUUUCAGGAAUGGGACAAUUCUCUCAGUUCCCGAGACGCAACGCAUGUUCGGUUAUUUCGGAUAUGCCAUAACCGCAGGUGAUUAUUUUUACGAGCAAGAUAAUUGGUACGCUUCCAGCGCGCCAAGAAACGCCGAUAUGUUCGGCACAGUCUUGAUAUUUAGAUAUACAAACAACAUCAUGACCGUGAAGAAAACAAUCUUUGGUAAACAGUUUGGUGAAUAUUUCGGCGCCGCGUUGACGUCGUGCGACGUUAACAAUGACGGUAGAGACGAAUUGAUCGUCGGCGCAUCGCAGUGGUCGAAGAACAACGGGAUGGACGAAGGUCGCGUUUACGUUUUUACGGUGUCACACAAGAACGAUUUUGAGGAAAUGCAGACGAUCGAGGGCGAAAUCGUCGGGGGUAGAUUCGGAUCCACCGUCGUCUGUCUGGGUGACAUCGAUUACGAUGGCUACGGCGACAUCGCCGUGGGUGCGCCUUACGAAGAGGAGAACGGCGGCGCGGUGUACGUAUUCAACGGGAACAUCGACGGUGUUUCUCGAAAGUACAGUCAGAGAUUGGUCGGCUCGGAAUUUUCGCCGACGAUGCGCGGUUUCGGUAUCGCCAUCUCGGAACCCCGGGACAUCAAUCGCGACAACUACCUCGACAUCGCCGUGGGCGCUUUCAUGUCCGACGAAACUGUUCUGUUGAAAUCCGUGCCGGUCGUUACGGUAAACGUGACGCUGGCUUAUCUGCAAAAGAUCAACCUGAUGAAAAACGGGACGAACUUCAGGAUCAACAUCUCGAUGUCCUAUGACGGCUUGUACGUGCCCGAUACUCUACAGAUUACUGCAAUUCUGAAGAUUGAUCAGCAGUAUGGAAGGGCCGUGUAUCGCGAUCAGAAGACCGAUGGACUGCACACUUACAAAAUGUCCCACAGGUUGCUGAAACAUACCAAGCAUUGGAGCCCACUUGUUAUAGACCUCGGAGAGAACAUUCAAAAUGUAAUAGAUCCGCUCGAGAUCUCGGUGUCCGUGCAGUUGCAAGAUGAUCUUCAAGCGAGCAACAAGAGCUCACCUUGCGUUUCCUGUGUCGCAAUAAACAAGUCACGUUCCAAGCUCGAAGAUGUGAUACGACUGCUGUUCGCCGUGGACUGCGGACAGGACGACGUGUGCAUGUCCAAUCUUAACGUGGCGUUGUCGACGGACUCGCCUUCAGGUAACAUCAUCGGCGCCGAAUCGGUGAUCACGCUUCAAAUUCACGCUCGCAAUCGAGGCGAGCCAGCGUAUCAGACAAGAGUGCAUGUCUUCAUCGAGAAGUUGUCAUUGGCGAGUAUUCCGGGCGAUUGUGAGGAAGGUUUUCGCACAAAUAAUAUCCUGCAAGUGAUCUGCACAAUUGAGAAUCCUUUUAGAACAAGUAAAAAUUUUACGUUGCAAUUGGAUUUGAGAACGGCGAAACACGAAGUGAAGGAAGUGGAAAUAUGGGCUAACAUCAGCACUCAAAGCAUCGACAUGAAUUGGAAUAACAAUAGUGAUUUCAUCACUCUGUACUUCGACGUGGACGUCGACAUGGCGAUCGUCGGCAAAGUACAGCAGAACUUGUACCGAUACUCAAGCGAGAAUGCGAUGAGCAACAUAAAAUUCCAACAUUACUACGAAGUUCAGAAAUUCGGCAUCAGUCCUAUCGAUCAGGCCUUGUUGACCGUGAAAAUCCCGACGCAAUUUCGACGAUCCGACACCGAACACGCAACGAUCGUCAGUAUCGAUGACGCCACCGGCAGACUCAACGGAAACGAGUUUUUCUGCAACAUUUCGAAUGUGGCAAAAAUAUCUCCGGAAGCGUCUGGCAAAUUUAACAAGACCGCGUAUACGGAUGACGCGAUCGUUGAUCAAUUUGGUAUCACAAACACUAACGUGAACGCAAAAUUCAGUAUCGAAGAAAACGCAACGAUGAGUAUACCGUUUGAGAACAGAACGUUGUACGUUAAUUGCACAAACGAAGCGGUCUCUUGCGUGGAGCUCAGAUGCGUUCUCGGACCGUUCGAAAGUUCGUCGUCCGUUGCGAAAUUAACGCUAGAUCUACAACUAUCAAAUUUUUCCGCUGAUAUAAUGAAGGACAAAGAUAUCAUAUUUUAUGUGACCGAAGGCGCAAUUAGGAUACAUCCUGGCAAUAUCGUCCAGAGAAAGUAUCAAAAACCAUAUUUUGCUACGGUCGCAACAACAUUUUUGGGAUCGCCGAUAUCGAAGCGAAUAGCCCUGUGGAUAGUAGCAGUUUCAAUAUUUCUGGGAAUAGUGUUGCUGUUGUUGUUUAUUCUGGGUUUGAUAAAACUCGGGUUCUUCAACAGAAAGAAGAAACAAGAGCUCGAGAUAUUGAAAACCGAAACUGACCUGUGUUCUUCGUCACGCAAUUUGAAACAAUGCGAGAUGGAGAUGGAAACAUCGUUUUUGUCGGAAGUUGCUCCAAAUUAAAUACGUGUGUUUUUUUAUUUACGAUAUAUUUAUUUUCUCUUAUAUUAAUAAUAUAAAUAAUAAUAUUUUUUUUGUGCACUAUUCAUAAUUCAAUUACACAUGUAAGGCAUAUAACAUUAUAUAUCUGUCCUAAGGCCCCACUUUUUUAUAUGUGUAUAUAAAAUAAUAAAACAUUUUUAUAAAAAUAUAAUCUUAAACAAUACGAUAAACAAUACGAUCGCGUUUGCUAUAUACCUGUAUAGCUGUCAAUCGGGCUUUUAUGGAAGGCUUUUUGUAAAAAGCAGUGUUUUAUUUGAUUCUAUCUUGAUUCUCCUAUUUGAGAUAUGCAAAAUUCUCUUUAAAAUCGAUAAAAA